AUGGUAGGUCACCUCCAGCUGCAAGGGAUGGACGAGAGCCUGAAGGAGAAGACGGAAGGCUUGUUGGACAGCCCGGACUCGGGGCUGCCCCCAGCCCCAGCCCCCCCUCUACUCCUGUCGCCGGUUGAGGGCGGGCAGGGGCAGCGGCGGUGCGGACCCCCGGCCCCGGGGCCGGCGAGAGCCAAGGACGGCAAAGUGAUGCCUUACCUGCUCCUGAACCCGUCCAUGUCAGAGAUAAGGCCUCGAAUGCACCCUGUGUUUUUUGGAGAAAGCAUUGAGGUCAGCCCCGAGCCCGUGCAGGAAAUCAGGUGCAAUUCCGAGGUGAAGUACGACUCCGAGAAGCAUUACCGGGACGACAUUUUCUACGGCCCCAUCCCCACCGUCACCACCUACAGCGAGACAAUCAUCGCUGCUCCCAACUGCACCUGGCGGAACUACAAGUCCCAGCUGAUCUUCGAGCCCCGCCAGAAGCCACUGAGGUUUCAGAGCACAACCAUCAUUUUUCCCAAGCGCGCCAAGAACAUUUACCGGACCACCCUCAGCUACAGCUUGGGUUGUGCCAAGCGUUGGUUCGCUUCCAGCGUGCAGCUGGAACUCUGUGAGGAAACCAGCCCGUGCGUCAUCUACAGCGAGACCCUCUGAUCCGCCCCGGCAACCGCGCGACCUCCGGGAAGGCCGCGGCCUUCGCCGGGCCUCUGGCUGGGCCUUCAUGGAUGGCGACUGAACAUCAAUGGCUGGAGAACACCUCGUUGUGGUUUCCUGUGAACUCCCUGCCACGCCGGUCUCAUGCCCGCUCUGCCCCUGCCCCGGCCAGCUCGGAGGGCUCUGGAGAAUCAACGUCUACAACCAG